AUGUCAGAUCCGACGAAAACCAUGACCCCACCUGGCAAAAGCUUGAAAAGACCCACUCGAUCCCCUCUUCAAGAACUCGAUGAUGACGAAGACCUCGAGCUUCAGGAUGCUUCCGGAUCAUUUCAAGAUGGAGCAGUUGCUCAGAUGGCCAAUGCGGUUCGUAGCGAAAUCCAGCGUGCGCUAGCUCCGAUGGAACAGCAGCUGAGCCACAUCCAUGUUUCCUUGGGCCAGAGGGUGCAGGAAAUGGAAAACACAAUGUCGCAGCAGAGCUACCGGAUUGAGAAGCUGGAAAAGUUGUUUGAGAACGAGGGGACUCCGCGGUCGACGACAUCAGAGAAAGAUAUUUCUUUGGAAAAGAAGAUUGCAGAUUUGCAAAGCCAAUUGUCAGCAUUGAGGUUGCACUGUGAUUGGGAAGACACGUGGGCACAAUGGGCAGACUUCCAGGACAGCAAGGAGUUGAAUCAGCUUGUGGAUCGUGCCAAUGAUAUGUUGCAGAAAUCGUCAACGAGAAAGGGGCAUGGCAAAAGCAAGCAUGCCGUAGCUAGGGACAGCUCCGUUCGAGUCACGUCGUUUCACGAAGGUCGCUCACUUCUGGUCAUGUUCCAAUUUUCGAAGUGA